UGGAAGAUCCUGUUGUAAUUCGGUAUAGGCCCAAUGACUAUUCUUCUUCACCGAGCGCCACAAACUUGUCCUCCAUUAACGAAAAAAACUCUUCCAAAAUCUAACACCGACCAAUUUCAAUGCCACUUUCUGCUCUUUCACCAACCUUCUCUACAAACCCAUCUGCAUCAUUAACUUCUAUAUCACCAUAUCUCUCAAAAUUCACUACAACAACAAAAACAAGAAGAAUCAGCAAAAAAAUUGGAGUCUUUACACCUAAAUUCAGUCCAAUUUCAGCUCUUUCUGAUCCAUAUGUACUGCAAAUAGCUGAAACCUUAGAAGAUUCAGUACCUUCUACUUCUUCUCCACCACUUCAAAAAUUAAGAGAUAAUUCCUCAAAUACCCUUCUCUCAACUCCUUGGCCUUCAAGAAAAGAUGAACCUUUUCGAUUCACAGACACUUCUUUUCUCAAGAAUUCAACAAUUCAACCCACCCCACCACCAAAAAAUCAAUCUUUAAGUCCAAAAAAUGAAUCUUUAGAUACCCUUUUGCCCACUCUUUCAAUUAUUGAUGGUUAUAUAACAGGUUCUUUAAACCAAUUAACUGAUUUUCCAAAUGGGGUUUAUAUUGGGAGUCUUUUAAGUGUUGAUUCUGAGGCUAUAUUAAAAAGGGUGUCUGAAUAUGAGUUUAGUUUUAAAGGGGAUUUGUUUUAUUCACUUAAUGGUGUAGGUACACCUGAUGUAGUAUUAGUUUAUGUGCCAGAAGGCUGUAAAGUUGAGAAUCCAUUGCUAUUGAGGUACAUUUCGGUUGAAGGUAGUGAAAAAGAGUCGAAAAGUUUGCCUUUUUCGAAUCCGAGGGUGUUGGUGUUGGUGGAGAAAGGAGGUGAGAUUAGUCUAGUUGAAGAGUAUGUAGGUGGAGAUAAGGAUCAAUGUUAUUGGACGAAUUCGGUUAUGGAAGUUGUUGUCGGGGAAGGAGCAAAAGUGAAUCAUUCUUAUAUACAAAAUCAAUCAUUCAAUGCUGCACAUAUCAAGUGGACUUGGGUUCAACAGGAAUCAAAUAGCACAUACGAGCAUAUAGAAGUAAGCACUGGUGGAAAGUUGAGCAGACACAAUAUUCACAUCCAGCAAGUUGGUCCAGACACGGUUACUGAGUUAUCGACAUUUCAUAUGUGUGUCUCUGAUCAAACACAAGACCUACACAGUAGAUUAGUCCUUGAUCACCCGCGGGGUGUCUCUCAGCAGAUCCAUAAGUGCAUUGUGGCUCAUUCGUCUGGUCAGGCUGUUUUUGAUGGAAAUGUUCAAGUCAACAGAUAUGCGCAGCAGACAGAUGCAGGACAGCUUACACGGAGCCUCCUUUUAGAGCCUCGAGCAACUGUGAAUGUCAAACCUAAUCUCCAAAUCAUUGCUGACGAUGUGAAGUGCUCCCACGGUGCUGCAAUCAGUGACCUCGAGGAAGACCAACUGUUUUACUUCAGGGCACGGGGUAUUGAUGCUGAAACUGCCAGAAAAGCUUUGAUCUUUUCGUUUGCAGCUGAAGUAGUAGACCGUUUCCCAAAUGCCUCGAUUAGGAAGAGAGUUGAAACUCAUAUUAGAGAACUGCUAGAUCCCUCAUGCCUUUAAUGGUGAGCCCUUUUUGAAAUGUGGCACAUUUUUUUCUUCUUAGUUUCGUUCUGCCUUAAUGAUAAUGAACGAGAGCCCGUCUUUUACUAGACGAAGAUAAGCAGUUGUUCUGUGUAUCCUCUUAAUGUAAUUCUUUAUUGUAUUGAAGAAAUAAAUAUGGUGAUGUUUAUUUGAAAUUCCAUCGGUUAUGCUA